CAAAACCCAAAAAACCGCAGCCUCGGAGAGGCAGAGGAAGCGACUGCUGAGCGCGGGCGGGCUGCCGCCGGGCGUGGUGCCUACUGCCUGUGCCCGCUGCCCAGCCUGCGCCCUGCCUCGCACCCGACACACUUCGGAGCCCAGACCCCAGAAAUUGAACAUAUCAAUUCAUCGCCAUGUCAGCCCUGAUUGUGGAGAAUUUCCGCUUCCUGUCGCUCUUUUUCAAGAGCAAGGAUGUGAUGAUCUUCAAUGGGCUGGUGGCCCUGGGCACAGUGGGGAGCCAGGAGCUGUUCUCUGUGGUGGCCUUUCACUGUCCUUGCUCCCCAGCCAGAAACUACAUUUAUGGGCUGACUGCCAUUGGGGUCCCCGCCUUGGCUCUCUUCCUCAUUGGUGUCAUCCUCAACACUCACACCUGGAACCUGGUGGCUGAGUGUCAGCUACGCCGGGCCAAGAACUGCUCAGCUGCCCCCAAUUUCCUUCUCUUGAGCUCCAUCCUGGGUCGUGCAGCUGUGGCUCCAGUGACAUGGUCUGUCCUUUCACUGCUCAGAGGAGAGGCAUACGUCUGUGCCCUCAGUGAGUUUGUGGACCCCGCCUCACUGACAGAUGACAAGGGAAGUUUCCCCCAGGACCAUGCAGUUCAGAUCCUGGCCAAGUUCCCCUGUGGGCAGGCCCCAGCAAACUUGUCAAGCUUCCAGGAGGAGGUGAGCCGAAGACUCAAGUAUGAGUCCCAGCUCUUUGGGUGGUUGCUGAUUGGCAUGGUGGCUGUCCUCGUCUUCCUCACCAAGUGCCUAAAGCAUUGCUGCUCACCACUGGGCUACCGCCAAGAAGCAUACUGGGCUCAGUACCGGGCCAACGAGUCCCAGCUGUUCCAGAGAACAGCAGAAGUCCACUCCCGAGUGCUGGCCGCCAACAAUGUGCGCCGUUUCUUCGGCUUUGUGGCCCUGGACAAAGAUGACAAGGAGCUGGUUCAAGAGUUUGCCGUCGAGGGGAUCCAGCCAAGGCCCCAGUGGAAUGCGAUCACCGGUGUCUACCUGUACCGUGAGAACCAGGGCUUCCCACUCUACAGUCGACUACACAAGUGGGCCCAGGGGAUAGUGGGGAAUGGGACCGGGCCAGACAAUCUGGAGAUGGCUUUCUUGGCUUCCUAGUACUGCAGACAUCCUCACGGUCCCACCCGUUUGGUGACUUCUCUAAUCCAGGCUCUGUGUCCCAGAGCUGUCCCACCCCCAGACCCAACCUGACUACUUCUUACCACUACCUGCUCAUAUUUGAUGGGCACAAAGGUGCCUCACAGUUCUGCACCCAAACCCAGGAGUUAACAGAUACUCAGCUGAUUCUGGGGUGGAGCCAAGGAAGCUGCUUUUACUAGCAUCACUAACAGGCCAUCAAAGGAGGCUGGAGGGUGGUGGUGAGGACGACAGCAUGUGGAAGGGGCCCAAGGUUGGGGAGAGGCUGGAGGGCAGUGCAGUGGUGCUGGGAAGGACAGUCCUGGCCCUGAAGUCUGUCUGUCCCACUCCAGCCUGCUGGAUCACCAGUUUGAAAAGACCUUGUGGCCUUUCCAAAGAAAAGAAGCUACUACUUUUGCUAACUUCUGAAUUCUGAGACACCAGAAACGAAGUCCCUUCUGUGCCUUGCCAUUGGGUGCCUUGUGACAAUGAAGGGUUGAGGGCAGUUAAUUUGUGUCUAACUGCACUUGUGUCUGGGUGACCAUCUUUGGAAAGGAAAGAAGAGGACCUAGGGAACCACUAAUAAGCUGUUCC